GGGGUGCUGGUGCGGCCCUGACCCGGUGAGGUGCGGCAGCCCUGGCUGUGCCGGGCCGGCCCGAGGAGGCCUUGGUCCCUGCCCGGCUCUGAUCCCAGGGCCCCACCUGGGCCUCCAGCUCCCCACCCCUCCCUGACCACACCCCCCCAGCACCUGCCUGCGGGUGUUCCGAGGCGGCCGGCCGGGAGGGGCGCCCGUGCAGCCCGAGUUUCCAGGCGCGCCCACACCUGCCCUGAGCUCUGCUGGAGAGGCUCACACCUGACGCUGGCGUGAGCCGCAGUCCGGCGCCGUCCCCACAAACCGGAGCACGGGUGCCCGCGGAUCCGGUGAGCAGGACCCCAGGGCUCCUGGUUGGAAGGCAGCGAGGUCUCGUCGGGAAGACAUGCUGGCACCUGGCGGCUUUCAAAGGAACCCGCAUCUGCCUGCGUUCUUCCUGUGUUUUGGAAAGGCUGGAUGGCAGCCCUGGCCGGGCCGCUCCGUGGGCCAGAGCGUCGCCCCCAAACACCAAGCUCCCGGGGUUUGCUCCCCAGUCGGGGCAGGAGCAGGAAUCAGCCGGUGGCGCAUCGAUACGUGGAACAGCAGAUCGGCGUUUCUGCCCCUCUCUCUCCCCCUCCCUCUCUCCGUCUGAGCUCUGUAACACGCAGACGAGAGGCCGGACCCCGUACUUCAGCACAAACUGUCCUCCCCCCUCCCCACGAGAGGCCUGGGGCACUGGAGAGGAUGCUCAGCUUCGAGUCCUUUGCCCACUCACAGCUGUGCCCGGGGCAGGGUCACGGGGAGGGAGGGUGUCAGCGGGUGUGGUCUGGGGAACACCCCUGCAGCGUGCCCCCCCUCCCCGCCUUGGAGCAGACGUGGGGCAGGCCUUCUGUGAGCUCCCAGCCCCCUGGGGCCCACGCUGCAUCCCCGCCCCAUGGCGCCCCCCCUCAGGGGUGUGCCGUGCACAGAGCCCACGACUGGCCACCGGACCACACGGGCCCCCGGGCCGUGGAACCCCUGGCACGUGCCUGGCCUGCUGCCCGAGAUGGUCCUGCGGAGGAAGCAGCGUGCCGGCGCCCCAAGUGCCCCCAAACAGUUGCUGACGUGGACAGACAGAAGUGCCGCCUGGAGGUGCGGCCUCCUGCUCUGUGCUGGGGGCACAGACACCGCCCGCGCCCCGGCCUCAGCGGUCCGCGGCGUCCAUCGGCCUGGAGGUUCCCAGCCCCUCCUGACCUCGACUGACCGCAGCCGCCACUGGGCAGAACCCCACAUCCCUGCGUCAGGCUGGAACCUGGCCAAAAGCCGUGCACAGCGCUGGGCGUGGGGUCUCGGCCAGCUUCACCUCCAGGGUCGGGGGAGGGUCAGAAAGCCCCGCUUACGGGCCCAGGGCCCCAGGUGGGGGGCUGCUUCUGUGAGUCCUCGCGCCUCCCCGCUUCUGUGCGGCAUCGCUGGGGACCUUCAGCUGCAGCCCCAUCCACACUGGGGGUGCCUCUCAGGGUGGCCCCUGCUGGGAUCCUUCCCUCUGCAGACGGUCCUCUCGGGAGAAGCACCGUCAGGCCAGAGCCGGUGGCUGUGUAGGCAGCAUAAAACCCACCCUGGCUGUUGCCAAGCUGGGAGCCCAGCUCCUCCCCAGGCUGCAGCCGGGCAGCCAGCCAGCUGCUUCCCAGGCCAGAGCUGGAGCCUGCCCUGCCUCCCCGGGAGCACACCGGCCCUGCCCCCCCAACCUGCCUGGAGGAGCUGCCCUUGGUGCCAGAGAGGAGACCUCAGCACGGCGAGUGCCCCCACCCAGGAGUGCUCUGGGCUAAGGCGCAGGCGUUGGGGGUCUUUCUCGCUGGAAAUCUCCUGUGGGUGGGCUAGCACCGGACUUGGAAAGGUGAGCAACUUGGCCAGAACCGUGCUGGCUUUUGGGCGUGAAUGUGGACCUCAGUGGCCCGUAGCCUUUGAUGUUCUGCUUGGUGAGUUCACCCUGGCCUGGAGGCUCCAAACCUGCAGAGACCUGGGCCUCUGGGUCCCUUGGAGGAGGACGUGAGGGGGAGACGCCCCAGGAAGCUGUGGCUUUGUGCAGAGAGCUUACUUAUCACAGCAGUUACAUGCUCACUGAGAAACGGAGGGGAAAGUUAAGUUCCCACCCCCAAACCCCCCCCCCACAUACACACAGUUGCCCCUUAUUCCCACUUUGCACAGCUGCAGCACGUGGUUAAACCCCACGAGCCAGGUUGUUACUGAGUCACGUCUGUGGCGUACUGUCCCAGAGUGGUUGCCUUUCCCACUACGUCGCAGAGUUGGAAUCCCUCAGUGCGUAGCCUUUCAGACGGCUUCUGUCACUUCGUCACGUGCAGUCAGGGCUCCUUCCAGUCUUUUCAUGGCUUCACCACUCCUGUCUUUUCCGUGCUGAGUAACAUUCCGUUGUCUGGAUGGACCACGGGUUACUUAUCCAUCAUCUGCUGACAGGCAUCCUGGUUGCCUGCCAGUUUCAGCAGGCAGGAAUGAGGCCGCUGGGAACUUCCGUGAGCCAAACCGUCACCUGCAGUGGCUGCACCGUGCGGCAUCCCCACCAGCCGUGAGCGGGCGCUCCUGCUGCUCCAUCUCCUCGUCUGCACUUGGUGUUGUCGGGGCCUGGACUCCGGCCGCCCUAGCCUGUGUGCAGUGGCAAUGUCGUUGUUGUUUUAAUUCCCAUUUCCCUGACGACACAGGAUGUGGGGUGUCUUCUCACGCUCGUCUGCCAUCUGCAUUUCUUCUUUGGCACAGUGUCUGUUCAGAUCCUUGAGCAAUUUUUUAAAAAAUUUUGUUAAUUUUCUGGUUAUUGAGUUCCAAGAAUUUUUUUUUCUGCCCCAGCCAGG